AUGCUGCAGGCGCCGCAGGGGAACCUUACGCAUGCGCUCAAGGUUGAUGGGGAGACGGGGGAGCUCGACGGACACCCGUGUUUGUCGCCUAAGGCUACUCAUAUCGAGACGUUAAUUGUGUAUGCACCUGCGUUGGCGAAUAUGCACGCAUAUUGCGUCGGCGCGGACCCGAGUGUUGCACCGAUGAUCGAUCCAAACUUCAAUGCGACGGAAGUGGAUCGCACGAUUCUGCGUGCCGGAGUACGCCAGGUGUUGCGACUAUUCAAUGAGUCUCCUCAAGGGAAGGAUAUGGUCGAGAGCGAGGCGACAGGGCCGGAAUUUAGGUCUCUUACAUUGGACUCGACAGAUGAGGAUAUUGAUGCCCAGGUGGUUGAUACGGAUCUUCGGGUGAAAGGCGUGGACGGACUGAGGGUGGUGGAUGCUAGUGUGCUGCCCUUUUCGGUGACCGGACAUUUCCAGGUGGUGACGUAUGCCAUCGCUGAGAAGGCGGCGGACCUGAUCUCUGCCUCUGCCUCUACUUAA